UCAAUCUUCAGAUAGCCACAACAAGAACAAAGAUUCUAACGACCAAUAUAUUCGCACGUAACCGACGCAGUGGCAUUCCAAAUUCCACCGGCGGAUACACGCACGUACCACGACAGAUCUCCCCUGCGCAACAACCGCAUGAACGGCGCCAUGGGUUCCCGCGGCCGCAUCGACCCGGCGGAGGAGGCGCGCCACCGGCAGGUGAUGGGCGGCCUCGGCGUGUACGACGCCGACUGGGCGCUGUCCAAGGCGCUGGAGCAGUCCGACGUCCAGUCGGGGCAGAACAGGCUGCUCCUCACCAAGGAGCAGGUGCGGGGCGGCCCCAUCCCCAAGCUCUUCCCGGAGCUGGAGGAGCUCCGCGGCGACGGCCUGAACGCCGAGAACAGGGUCCCGGUCAAGGUCCUCGACGCCGACGGCCGCGAGAAGGACGCGCAACUCCGCUACCUCAACUCCAACAAGGCGUACCGGGUCAUGGGGUUCGACUGGAGGCGGCUCGUGGAGGAGAGCGGCAUGUGCAAGGGAGACCGCCUCGAUCUGUACGCCUGCGGGCGCGGCGACGGCGACGGCGACCGCUGCCUCUUCGUGUUCAGGAGCUAGGGCAGUGGCGCCGGCGAUACAUCCCGGAGCAGCAGUGAAGACGGCCGGGGUCUGCGGCGGGUCACGUCGUCAAUGGCGGCCAUGCUGAUAGAGUGAUAGUUAGACACUUAGACAAUAAAAUCCAUCCUUUGUCAAAUAAAUUAAAGGGAUAGAUGGAAGCGGAUUUGUAGCACCUUGGUGCUACCCCUCUAUAUGAACAUUAAGCUUAAAAAAACACUGAGAAAUUUGAAAAGUAAAAGAAUGUUCGGACAGUAUUUUCUUCGCCA